GAGAUUUUCAUUUCUUCAAUCAACAAUAUUAGACAAAAGUCCUCUCUUUAUUCUUUGAACAAAAAAAAAAUUGAGUUUCAUCAAAAAAGACUCAAUCUUUUGAAGGUAUAGUAUCUUGGCGAAGGGAAGAGGCGAAGCCAGAAUUUGAACUUUAUGGGUUCUAAAUUCUAUGAUACAAUAUCAGGCAUUAGUAACUGGGUUCUGACUUUAACUUUUAUAUGUAUUUAGUGCAUUUAUUAAUACAAAUACAAAGUUUGGACUAAAGCUACGGGGUUCUGCCGAACCGACGGUACCUGACCUUCUAGCUCCGUGUCUGGUGAAGGGAUGACCGCAGUUUGUGAGGUAUAAAUCAGUAUGGAGUUUGAGAUCUGUGGUUGGAUGUUCUGAUUUGAUGAACUGUCCUUCGUCUUCAUGGUAUUUGGGCCAAUAUGAAUGAUAAUAGCUUCUUGUACUUUAUUGUCAUCGAUCCGCUGUGAUAAAAAGAUGUGGAUGCUUUCUUUGUCUUCGCAUAGCCCUUUUCGGACUGCUACUUUUGGUUUAGAGCGUCACAUAUUGAUCAGACCUGCAUCGACGCUGAUUCAAUUUACAUUUUUGUUCUUUGUUCUUUUAUGGAAAAUCUCCUGUUGCGUUUACUGCAUUUUACCAAUUUCCAGUUAAUCAAGAUUUCAAGUAACUGAUCAUAAUUUUCUUUAUUGGCAGAUUUUUGUUGGUUUUGACAUUCGGCAUGUCUGCUGAAAUGUUGUGACUACUUUUAACUAAGAGACGUCUGCAGAUCGCUAACGCACCUCCUUCACUAAGUGUGUACUUUAUCAAAUCAAAGAUAGCUUUGCUCUGAAACAGUACCGUGAAUUUAUCCUAAAGUAUCAUAGCCAGUUCGAAGCGAGUCUAUAACUUAUUCGCAGAUGCAAGCAUCCCAGAGACCGAUGGAGAAAGUUGAGCAAUAUUAUAGUCCUUACUAUGUUUUUAACAACAACUCCAAUGAUACUAGCAGCUCAGGGACACAGUUCUCUUGUCAGUCGCAGAACGAACAGUUCUUCACUCUGGACUCCUUGCCUGCUGCCGGAUAUGUCAUCUACGACUCGCCUCCUGCAGUAAGCGUCUCUUCCAACUGGAGUCCCUUCUCUCCCCAAUAUUCUCAGUCAACCAUUUCAGAUCAGCAUCAUUCCUCGGACAACACUUACGGUUCACCUUUGAGUGGCUGUUCGGGAGUUGAUGGUGUGCUAAGUGAGAUGGCAAAUAAGUUGCUAGGCCCUGAAUCUGAUAUUGAUGACAGCAGUUGUUGCUCUUUUAAUGAUGUGGUCUCUGAACCUUCUUCCCCAACAAAGUGGAAUCGAGUAUUGGAAAUCGCAUCGAGCUUGGACGUGAAAGAGCUGCUCCUCGCCUGUGCUGAAGCAGUGUCGGAUGCUUAUUUCCCGGCCGCAGAAGUUCUGAUGAAUGUCCUAGAGCACAAAGUAUCGGUUUCCGGGGAACCUAUGCAACGAUUGAGUGCGUAUAUGUUGGAAGGGAUUAGGGCAAGACUAUUUUCGUCAGGAAGUAUCAUAUACAAAAAGCUGAAGUGCAAAGAACCAACUAAUUCAGAAUU